GCGCCUCGUCGCCGCGGCCGCAGGCUUGGCGCCCACGCGGGCGCGGGGCGCCUCCCCUGCGCCUGGGGCCGACCGCCUCGAGGGCCUAUGGGCCCCGGAGCCGCGCCGCGGCGCGGCGAUGGCGGCUGCCUCUCAGGCGGCGAGGAUCGGCGCUGGCAGGUCCAUGCGGACGCUGCCACUGCUCUUCGGGGUCUUCAACCCGCUGUCGGCGCUGGGGGGGAGGGCUGAGGACAUAGCGGACGAGGUGCGCAAUUUCGAUGUCUUCGCCUUGGUGGGAACGCAGAGUAUGGCGCCCCCUGGCUACUCACACGGGCUCCAGCCAACUGGAGAUGGACGACUGAUUAUCGAAUCAGGACGGCGUCUUCAGUACAUUCCCGAUCGUGAGCUACGUGGCCAUGUGCCAGUAUUCGCUAAGAUAGUGUAUGACAAGUUGGCUACUUGUGCAGAUCAGUGCGACGACAUUCAGAGGGAGAAGUGGAACAGAGAUACUUUAGUUUAUGCCCUUCGGCAUGGUGACCGCAAGCAUGACUAUUUGACGAAGCUGAAUCAUUAUUUGCAGCAGAGCAUGGAAGAAUGGGUGCAACUUGGGCUGAGAUCCGCUCCAGACGCUAUUUUUACGUUUCUCGAGAAGGCGAUGGUGGAUCACGGCAAAGAUUAUUUCCUGGAGCCUCAGCACGUUGAUGACAACUAUCGACAGCUACGACGCCUAGGCGGAAUGGGCGCGCAGGAGAUCACGCACAGCCCACGCGAGGUAGGAGAAGAGUUCGAGUGUGAAGAAGUACCAGAUGAUCUUCCUCGUAUACCUGACCCUUGGGGGCAUAUGCCCGAGGACGACGAAGAGAGGAUGCCAGUGUUCAACGACGAUCACGCCACCGACGCGUUCCUGGAGAGCAAGCGGGACCUAAGGCGCCUCAAGUGGCACUUGUGGGCGACCCCAAAGAGGAAAGCGUGCCCAGCUCAAUCCCCACCAGCUGAGCUCUACUGGGUGAUCUUACACCCUGCUCGAGACCCGUCACGACGUGGAGUCGGCUUCGACUUGGAAGAUUCGGACAACAGUUACGUCGAGGCUGCGCUGCAUCUGGCUUUCUACAAUCUUCGCCACCACCAGCUUACGCCGAAGGAUUGGCACAUCAGCGAGUGCUAUGCCGCAAAAAAGAACGAGAACUGGCUCGAGAAAGGGAUCUUCGACUGGCACUUCAACGUAUUCGACGCGCACAAGUUCGCCUUCCAGCUGCAGAAGGUUGAUCUGAGUUUGCACAUUUACGCUGACGACAUUAACAAGAAGGUCUUGCAGCAUCCACCAGCAUCGAAGGAGAACGUCGACCUUGACAAGCUCAGGAGCAAGUUGAACGAAAGCAAUAGCAUCAUGAACACUUGCUUGCUGGAGAUUGGAUUGGCUCAGAAUACGUCUAAGCAGGAGAUCACGAUUCACGAGGUGGAGGAGGUAUUCAAGUGCCAGGUGGCGGUGGAGGGGAGCAUCUGGUUCGGCAUCUUCCUUUCUUACCAGAUAUACGUGCCCCUGCUACGGUGGGCAAGAACCUCCGCUAUGGCAGACGACGCGGACAUGCCAGGCUGGAUGAAGCAGGCGGGGAUCGCAGACCCCAAGUGGGCGCUGCCCAAAUGCAAGCGUGGCGCAGAGGUCGAGGCGGGCAGCGUGCAGAAGAUACAGAAGGCCGAGGACAUCGCGGAAGAGGCCAAGGGCAAAGCAGGCAAAGGCGCCAACAGGGCGCAGGUCGUGGCGGCGCUCGUCGCCAUCCUCGGCAAGCUCGUGCUCAGCAUGGCGGGCGACCUCAGGGCGGUCAUCAGCGUGGUCUUCGUAACGGCCCUGGUGCCGACGGCGAUCCCGUGCAUCGAAACGGCGAUCAGGGCUGGCAAGGACUACCACGCGGCGGCGAUGAAGCUGCGCGAGGAGAGCAAGGAGGACGACAAAGUCGACACGGCGAGGCUGGGCAGUCCGCAUCUGCACGUAUGGAAGGACUUCAUUCGCGCCCUCCUCGCGAGUACAGAGGAAGGAAAACCUCGCGAGAUACUGACGUACUACUGGCGCAACCACAUCAUGAGGUACGAGCUCGUGGACGCAGCAGCGGAGGUCAAGUACUUCAGAGUGAGGACCCCGCAGGGCAAGGAAAAGAAGAAGAGCAAACGCAUGGAGGGCAAGGUGAGAUUGCAGUGGGCGCUGACGAUGACCAACAAGACGGCUGCGGAGCUGGACGAGGUGCUGCGCUCGGAGCUCAUCCGUCAGGGGGCGGAGAUCACGACAGGUGGCACCCUGAGCACCUGGGCUGGGCUGGUGAGAUUCGUACGGCCCGUCAAGGGUUGCAGCCGCCAGGGCCAG